AAGUUGAUGAGUACGUGAAGCAUUGCGCCCUAACCAGUGAAGCAAAAGAAUCAGGCGAGUGUGAAGUAAGCGAUGGGUGACGUUUCAGAUUCCCAUGAACAAGCCCUUCUUGAUUCCGCCGAAUUCCAAAUGAAGAAGAAGCGACUCUUGGAGGAGCUUGAAUCAGCGUUGGACAAGAAAACGGUAACGGCGCAGCCUUCUCCGUUAGCCCUAGGGAUCGAGGUCAUCGACGAGACGGCGUUGCUCCACUCCGUCGCCAACAACCUCCCUUCUUCAAGAAGACGAGGAGGAGGAGCCAAGAACAAUAGGAGGACCGACGAGACACCACUGCCAAGGCCCAAGAGCAAGCCCAAGCCCAAGAUCGGGAACCACAGCUACUCCCGCAAGGAGUUGGAGGGCCUCAGGUUUGUCAACAUGGCCCAACAGCGCAAGUUCUGGAAGGCAAUUCACGCUGCCUUUCAAACCUCCGUCGCCAACGAAUACGAUACUUUAGCUUCCAAUCUUCUUCCGCACAACAAACCAAUACUCAGUGCAGUAUGUUGUGAAAAUAGGGAUGGUGAGUUACAAAACGUGGAAGGUAGGGAAAAAGUGACUACUGUUGGCCCUACUUGUAGUCAUAAUGUUAUGGGCGAGGAUAAGUGCUCAGAUUUAGAAGAGUGCGGCGAAGAUGAUGAUAGUGAUGAUGAUUAUGCUAGCAUUCAAAGGCCUGCCUUUUUGGUCGAUGGAGAACCUAAUUUUGAUUCUGGUCCACCGGAAGAUGGAUGGGAAUAUCUUAGGCGUGUCAGGUGGGAGGCAGAUCAAAUUCCGAAAGUGAAGGUAGCAAAACUUGAUAGAGGUAAACUUAACAAGGAACAAAGUCCUUACAUGCCCAAGAUUCCUGAUAUUGCGAAGUGCCCAGAGCAUCUGUUGCCAUUGAACCAGUGGGAGGAUGUAUUUCUUGCUGAAUUUUCAGCACUGAGAACGAAUCUCUCUAGCCUUGAUGGUUCAAGUGCCGUAUAUUCUGAAAAUCUCCCUGUUCAUUCCUCACUGCUAGUUGGGAACGAUUUUGGAGAAUUUUCUGGUGUGAACAGAGAUGAGGAUCAUUUGAGAAUUGGCAAGACAAAUGAUCAACUUACUAACUCGACUGCUGAAGAUAAGGACGGAACACUGUCUCCAGUGAACCCUGAAUCGAAAACUUCAGUUGAUAAAACUAGAAGCAACACCCCUACUCCUCCUUUGCUUUCCAUAAUUUUAGCAAUGGACUCGGUAGCCCGGGUAUCAACGUUGGUGAAACGAAUUAGCUUGCUAGAGGCUGCAAACACUAUGACAAGAAAUGAUUCCAUGUGGCUUUUUGCUCUCUGUGCAACAGUUGAUGCUCCACUAGAUGCUGACACAUGUGCUUCUCUCAGGAGUCUGCUGCGAAAGUGUGCCAGCAUCCGUGCCGAAAAGGUUGAGCUUGAUGAAGAGGUUGUUAUGUUGAAUAUAUUGGCCACAAUUUCGGGCAAGUAUUUUGGACAAUCUGGAAACUGAAUUCCCAAUUUGUAAUUUUGUUAUGGCACCUUCUGUUUUAGGAUGGAGGCAAUGACGUGUAUGCCAUGGUCUUAAACUUAUAGUUGUUUAGCUGAUAACAUGGAGUUUUCUUAUUAUAAUACUUUUCUACUUCUA